GCAAUAUUAUGUAUGUGUACAAGUGCACAAUAAACUUUAACUAUUCUUUACAAAUUACGGCUUUUGUCUAUUUCAUUAAAUGUUCAGUUAAGUUAAUGUACAAUUAAUACUCUGUACGGAACACGUGUUAAUUAUUCAGAAACAACGCGCUCGUGGUUUCAAUGUUAUUGAAUGAUAUCCAACCAGAGUAGGUAUUUAUGAGAAUGUAAAAGUACAUCAUAAGUGUAAAAGAACAAAGACAUUUGUAAGAAUAGUACCAUCUUCUAAUAUAAAAGGUCAAGAAAAAUGUUUCCUUUGGAAAUAUGGGAAUUUAUUUUGCAAUAUUGCGAUCCCAUAGAUUUGAUAAAAUACCGUCGAGUGUGUAAAAGCUGGAAUUAUUUAAUAUCGCGGUUAUUACAGACUCCUGGGAUUUGGUUCAAUAAGUGUUACAAAGAAAUUCCAUUUCAUAUAUGGCAAACAAUAUUAGAAAAAAUCUAUCCCGAUAGAAUAUUCAAGAAUAUGACAUAUCCCAGUAUAGCAUCUGAUGUUUUGUACGCGGAAUGCAACUUCUGGGAUAGGACUACUGGACCAAUUCCUAGAAACUGGAAAGAAGAUGAAUUGUUAAUUGAUUAUCAAGUUAUAGCCAAUGUCGUACGUUCCUGGUACAGUUGGCGUAGGAUCGAAUGUAUUAUACCACAUGUCCAUAAGCUCAGAGUUCCAUGGACAAAGAUACCAUCCAGAAAGAUAACAUGUUUGGCUUGUACAGGUUCAAUAUUAGCUAUUGGUACCUCUGAAAGUGAAAUUUGUAUACAUGACUUUGUACAUGCAGCAGGGCCACCUAUUGUAUUAAUAAAUCCUACAGGACCACUUCGUGACAUUAAAAUCUUAAUGCGUGAAAAUAUUCCUCAGCUCUUGACCAGGUCAAACAAUGAUGACGUCGCCCUUUUAAACCUUGAAGAGUCAAAUGCAUAUAGAAAACUUAAGGGUACUAUAAUGAGCACUUUUUAUGGUAGAUACAGUGUCUGCAAUGGUAAAUAUAUUUAUUACGAGCAUGCAGACGGCAGCACGAACUAUGAGAGUAUUCUUCUUCCAUAUGAUGAUCAGUUUGUUGCCAUGGAAAUAGACAUGCUGAAGCUAACGGUUUUAUCAGCUAAAGGCAGUAUUUACUUACUAAAGAAUAAUUUAUGCUUGUCAACAUAUGUACGGCCGCCCCAAGAGAAAAUUCGGAAUUAUUUCAUGUUCAAGAGCAACGUGAUAAUAUGCAUAACAUUCAGUGGAUAUCUUGGCAUCUCCGUGAAUUCGAAGCCCUGGACACUGUUUAACGUUUUUCGCUGCCUUGGUGGACAGCCGACGGCAGUACACUUUUACUCCCAACUACUCAUACUUGGUUUAGAUACAGGUGAAGUACAUCUGUAUAAGGUACACACCCCAAAAGAUUUGGAGUUCAUGAAUUUUGACAUUCCAAGCAGUCAUAAAUUGGUUCUCGAUACCGAAGCUAUUAUUUCCGUGGAUGUAAUGGAUGUUGCACAUAAUCAUGUCAUAUUCGCUGCGACCAGUCAAUCCACGUACUUCAUUCAGUUUAAAUAAAUUUCACAGACCACUUCAAUGAAUUAAGGUUUCUACAUCAAAAAGCUCAUUUAAACUAGUUUCGUUUUAACUUAUCAAAUCAUUUAACCUUGUUAGCUUAUUCCUUUAUGUAUUUAAUUAAUUGUUCAAGCAAUUAGUUGAUUUGUAUUUGUAAUUAAUAUAGACUCACUAAUUGUCAAAGCUUAAAUGAAAUUUAUAAAAUAAAACCAGGAUGCAAAAGA